UAUUAUUAUUGGAAACAAAACUGUAAAAGUUUAAGAUAAUUUUGAAAUCACUACUCACAAAAGUUUAUCACUGAUUUACUAGAGAAUUAUCAACGGGGAUACCAGAAUUAAAUUAUAACAUGGCCAAAACGUAAAUUUUGAGGAGCUAGCAAUACCUUCUAAAAUUGAUGAUACAAACAAAACUCGUCAGCAACAAAAAAAAUACUAAUUUCUAGUGGUAUGAUUUUGCUUUGCUUCUUACAAUUAGCUACAUAAACUUUCUAAUAUUAGCAAGUUAAUAAUUAAUCAUAAGCCAUAUUUAUAAUCUAGCUAUAAAUAAUACAUGAGAACAAAAAACAAAUCCUUCAAAUACGGUGAUAAUUAUGUAAAAAAAUUGAUACAUAAAUAUACCAUGAAAGAAAAAGCCAAAUCAUAUCUUCCAAACAUAUAAACACACAACAACAAAAGUAUAAUCAGUCUUAUUUCUCUAUGACUCUUAUCAUAAAAACUAUCCUUAUAUGUGCCUACUCAUUUGACAACUCUUUCAUCUUUCAUCUUCCCACAAAGUCCUAUUUUUAGGGUUUCAACAUUUCUUAACAAUAUCUCUCGAUCGAUCAAGGCAACAUAUAUAAAUAAAUGGAGAUUGAGAGAUCAUCUUCGUCCACGUCAUCAGAAACCGGAGCCGUCAGGCACCGUCGUACCGCGUCGUCGUCGGUCUCCACCGUGACUAGACGAAUGUACGAGUGCACUUUCUGCAAAAGAGGUUUUACGAACGCACAAGCUUUAGGUGGUCACAUGAACAUCCAUCGACGUGACCGUCUCAACAAGGCCAAGGUGCAAAACGAUGCUGACGUGGCACUCUCACAAACUCAUAGAUGUUUCCACGUGGCGUCUGAUCGUGGAGGCUACGAGCAAGUAGACUCCGUCGUGUUGAGGACGACGACCUCGAACUACAUCCAACACUUACGAAUCGGCUCGAUGGCUACAAGGAGAGAAAACGUCGUCGUUGAAGGAGAUGAAAUCGAUUUGGAGCUGCGUCUUGGCUUAUGAUCAUCAACUUCUUAUAGAUGUAUAAUACGUUUUUGGCGUUUAUUAUAUGGUUUUCGAGGAUGAUAUAUAUAUAAUCUAGGAAAGCGUAUAUGAGGCUUUAAUAUGUCAAGGUAAGAUAAUUUUGGGUGGGUAUUUAUUUAUGCAUGUUUUGUGAUCUAUCUAUGAGAUAUAUAUACAUCUUUAAUUUUA